CUUUAAUCCAGACUUACACUAUAAUUCUAAGCAAUUGUACCUACGAAACCUAUUGUUAAGUGUAUUGUCGCGCUGACUCCAAGACGUAACACCGACCGACGUUACAGCAAACAUUAAAAAAAGAAAGAGAAAAUAACAAGACGAUAAUAAUCCAAGCUACGCUCGAUGCAGAGUUAUGUUCUAAAUGACCUCGGCGACCUCGACAGGAACGUCGCCGAGCGGCGCUCACACGGAGCCUUGGACCUUCGUCGCGGUGUCGAGCGCCUCGGUCAAGCGUCAGAUCCGGGCGAUCGUGGAGCGCGAGGAGGAAGUGAACUACCGGAAGCGAAUGGGCCACGAGUGGACGACGGUCCUCCAGCCCCUGAGGACCAGCUGGAGGAAAGACUACCUAACCGACGCCCCCUACCUCAUCCUCGUCUUCAAGCAGGACUAUGGCGUAACGACGAACGGUAGGAGGAAGGUGCAUUAUUACAAGGAGCUCAGCGUCGCCAUCGCCUGCGGUCUCCUCAUCACCGCCAUCCAGUACGCCGGCCUCGUCACCCUCACGUCCACGCCCCUCAAUUGCGGACCGGCGCUUCGUCAUCUCCUGAAGCGGCCCCUUAACGAGAAGCUCGCCAUCCUACUUCCCGUCGGCUACCCGGCCGAAGCAGCGACCGUGCCCGAUCUCAAGCGCAAGGCCCUCCAGGAUAUACUCGUGGAGGUCGUCGACUGACGGGGGCUUGGCGAUUCCUCGACGUUGGCCGUUCCAUCGAUCCUUGGCACGAAAAUGGCUUUUUAACGAAUUGCGGUGUCGGCGAUGGUAUUCGUGAAGUUUAUAUCGUCAAAA